AUGUUUGAAAAGGGAGUUUAUAACAAAACUGUUGUAGAUACCAUUCUUGGAAAAAACACGAAGAAAAUCGGCAUUCUUCGAUCACCAGAUGAGCUGAUAAUGUCAACUUGGGACUUCUAUCGGCACCAAAACAAACUGCACAAAAUCAUCUCCACAAUAGAAGAUCGCUUCGGAGAUUCAACAAACGAGGAGGCAUUUAACCACUUUGUCAACAACUUCGAUCUACUUAUGGCCGCUGAGAAUGAUCACCUAUCAUUUGCCUUCGAAAAUCCCCAGGCGAGGAUGUUUACCGAUGAUUUUAUCUUGCUCGAGAAUGUGGCCGACCUAAUUCAUUUUAUUUCGCACGAAUUCGACCUUAUUCUAAUUACGGAAAAGCUGGAGGAAUCUCUUGCUGUGAUGAUGGUCAAAUUUGAUUUAACCCUCGAGGACAUCACUAGCCUAAAACAAAACCAGUUUCGUUCGGAUGAUAAGUUGACUAGGGCAACGAUUUCUUCGGUUUCGAAAGCAAAAAUCUUGGAAAUGACUGAACUUGAUCAUCAAAUAUACAGAUAUUUUGUUGAGCGACUAAUAGAUGAAAUAAACGAAAUCGGGAAUGAAAAAAUCGACGAUAUUGUCCGGCAAUUGGUUCAAAGACAAGUCGAAAUUCAAGAAUCAUGCUUCGAGCAUAAAACUUUUAUAAACAACAUUCAAUACUAUCAACUGCUCCCGGAAAUGGAAGCAAAUCAAACUUGCCUCUUUCAUGCUUCUAAUCCAGGAAUGCAUCAUGAUAUCUUGCGCGAUAUUCAAGUCAAACAGCUAGAGCGAUGGCACAAAUCCCACGAACGGAUCAAGCAAUUCUGCUCCCAUUCCUUCCGCGACAAGCUCCACAGCCGGAUCGCAUUUACUCAUCACAAGCAAAAACCCACUAUCCUCAACUGUCCAACAAAUAAAUUCGAUAUUUUCUGA